UUUAGACGGCAGGAGGUGGGCGAUUUCUCCAUGCAGGAUGAAGCAGGUGGAGAUUUUGGAUGAUCAAACCAAAGAACAGCUGUGUUUUCUGGACAGGGUUGAGUAUCACUCCACUAUCGGUGAUAUUAAACAACUCUUUGAUAGAGUCUAUCCUCAGUUGUAUCCAACAAGACAAGCACUCAAACUCCAUCCCAAAUCAGCCGAGCUCAGAGACGAGGAGCUUUUACAGAAUUUACCUGUGGGUACAAUAGCCAUGCUGUAUCUCCAAGAUCUUGGCCCUCGCUUUGGCUGGACCAUGGUGUUUCUGUCGGAGUACGUAGGACCGCUCCUGAUAUACCUGCUCUUCUAUUUCCGACUUCCCUACAUCUACACACAUACACACACCUUCACACCACCUGGCCCCCAUCCUGUAGUCAGUCUGGCAUGUGUGUGUCAUACUCUCCAUUACAUAAAGAGAUUGAUGGAGACAGUAUUUGUGCAUCAUUUCACCCAUGGAACUUUGCCUGUUUUGGUCAUCAUAAGAAACUGUGUGUAUUACUGGGGUUUUGCUACGUGGUUGGCAUAUUACAUUAAUCACCCACUUUACACUCCACCAUCUUAUGGACAACCACAGAUCACCUGUGCACUCGUCACGUUCAUGCUGUGUGAGGUGGGAAAUUUCUCUAUUCACUGGUCACUCAACACCUCCAGAGCAGAGGGAGCCAAAUACAGAAGUUUUCCUCAUCCCUCUAAAAACCCCUUCACUUGGCUUUUCUUCUUUGUUUCCUGCCCCAACUAUACAUAUGAGGUUGGAGUGUGGGUGAGUUUUUCCAUCAUGACUCAGUGUGUUCCAGUCGCUGUCUUCACGCUGAUCGGAUUUGUUCAGAUGACAAUAUGGGCGAGAUGGAAACACAAAACCUACACAAAGGAAUUUAAAGACUAUCCUGCUCUCCGUAUGUCCAUCAUCCCUUUCAUCCUGUGACAGGAAAAUCCUAAAAACUUCUGGAGGCACUUUCUCUCAUUCCUGCUAUUACACACAUUCAUUAUUUUUCAUUCUCUGGGUUUAAAAAUGAAGCGACUCCAACAAUGUUUAUUUAGCUGUUUCCUGUUUGCAUAAAACCUUUUUUUUCUUAAUCUCUCUCUGCUGUGUUUCUGGUCCGAU